AUGGCAGCAGCAAACUCUACUCCGCCCGGCUCUUUGGAUCUAAACCAGCCUGGAUUUGCGAAGGAGAUCCUGGGAACUAAACUGGAGGUCAAAUACCUCUGCUCCGAUUGCAAGAACAUAUUGAGGAGGCCGUUUCAAGCUCAGUGCGGACAUCGCUACUGUUCCUAUUGUCUGAAGAAAAUUAUAAGUGCGGGACCUCAAAAGUGUGCCAGCUGUAUUCAGGAAGGAAUAUACGAAGAAGGAAUUUCUAUUUUGGAAAAAAGCUCGGCUUUCCCAGACAACGCAGCUCGUCGGGAGGUGGAAAGUCUGCCUGCUGUCUGUAUUAACAGUGGCUGCACUUGGAAGGGGACGAUUAAAGAAUACGAGGUAAAGAUCAAAGCAAGCUGCCCGUCCCUGCUGGUUGAGGGCUAGGGGUGUAGGGGCGUGAUCCCGCUGGACGGGAAGGAGCCCCGCUCUGAGCAGGAGUGCCCCGAGAGAAACCUCCACUGCAGAUACUGCAAGUUGCUUUUCUGCUUUCCUGGUCUUGAGGCUCAUGAUGAAGUCUGCCCUGAGUUUCCACUGACUUGCGAAGGCUGUGGGAAGAAGAUUCCAAGGGAGAAGUUUCGGGACCAUGUGAAGACUUGUGGCAGAUCUAAAGUGCCUUGCAGAUUUGAGGUUGUCGGAUGUGCUGAGGUGGUGGAAAAUGAAAAGCUACCAGAACACGAAAGCAAGUGUUUGGCAGAGCAUCUCUACAUGCUACUGAGUUUUGUGCUCAGCCUCAAGGCUGGGUCUGGAGACCAGCUUUCCAGGUCCCUGGAGCUCUUGGGAAGAUGCGAGGCCCUUGAGAGGAAGACGGUGACCUUUGAGAACAUUGUCUGCGUGCUCAACCGGGAGNGGAAAAGGGUGCCUCAACCAGCCGAGGCCUACAGUCGGCAACAUCAGCUAGACCAGGAGAAAAUCGAAACACUGAGUAACAAGGUCCGGCAGCUGGAAAGGAGCAUUGGGCUCAAAGAUCUGGCCAUGGCUGAGAUGGAGGAAAAGAUCCGCAACAUGGAAGCUUCCACCUACGAUGGUGUGUUCAUCUGGAAGAUAACAGAAUUUGCCAGGAAGCGUCAGGAGGCAAUAACAGGCCGCUCUCCUGCGAUCUUCUCUCCAGCUUUCUACACGAGCAAGUACGGCUACAAGAUGUGUCUGCGCAUUUACCUGAACGGGGACGGCACCGGGCGUGGGACCCAUCUAUCCCUGUUCUUUGUGGUGAUGAAAGGACCCAACGACGCGCUUCUACGGUGGCCCUUCAACCAGAAGGUAACCCUGAUGCUUCUGGAUCAGAACAACCGGGAGCACAUCAUCGAUGCCUUCCGACCCGACGUGACGUCCUCCUCCUUCCAGCGACCCAUCACGGAAAUGAACAUUGCCAGCGGCUGCCCGCUGUUCUGCCCCGUCUCCGUGAUGGAAGCCAAGAACUCCUACGUGCGUGAUGACGCCAUCUUUAUUAAAGCCAUCGUUGAUCUCACGGGCCUCUAA